CUAAACUAUACAUCACUUCCUUCAAACUUUCAAUUCACUCUCUCUCUUCUCUCUUUUGCAAAUGUCUCAAAUCACAAUAGAAUCUCCAAAGCACUGUGCCAACAAACAAGGACUGAAAAGAUUUGAGAGGAACUACAAGAAACUCUUCUUUGCAUUCUCAGCAUUCUUAACUACAAUUCUAGCACUGAUUCUCCUCAUUUAUCUCAUCCUUCACCCUUCAAAGCCUCAAUUCUCACUCAAAGAACUUGACAUCUACCAACUCAACCUCUCAGGUCCAAAUCUCAACACCACCAUCAACCUCACCCUCCUCUCCAAGAAUCCAAACCAGAAAGUUUCCAUCUACUAUGACGAAAUCGUAGUUUAUGGAAGCUACAAGGGACAACAGAUAACUGGUGACACUUAUGUCCCUCCUUUCUACCAAGGCAAUGAAGAGAGUAAUCUCUUAACGGCUUCUUUGGUUGGAAAUGGUUUACCUGUGUCUCCUUCAAUUGGUUAUGAGUUUGGGCGUGAUCAAAGUUCUGGAAGACUUGUUUUGAACCUUAAGGCUAAUGGCAAGCUUCGUUGGAAGGUUGGAACAUGGGUCUCUGGCCAUUACAGGUUCAAUGUCAAUUGUGUUUCUUUCAUGGCUUUUGGACCCUCUCUGCCUUCUCCUUCUCCUCCUCUGGCUUCAAAGCAGGCUUCUCAGUGUUCUACCACACUUUAGACUUACCAUACCAUCCGUUUCAAAAUGAAAGAAUUAUUAUAGUUCUGAUUAAUUACAAUACAAUCAUAUAUAUCAUAGCGAGUUCUUCAAUCUUCAAAGAUUUUCUUGUUUUUUUUUCAGAUUUUGGUUGGCUUUGUAUUAAAAGGUGUUUUGCAGCCACUAAAGUGAUUCUUGUAAAUAAAGUAUAUGAAUGAAUGAAUGAAUGAUAGGGUCAAAAGUUAUUACAAUUUGUGGUGGUAAAGAUUAAAUUUCACUGUCUUUUUAUUUAGUAGCUUUUGGGAGUGGAUGCAUGAGUAGAUAUUGGGGUCACUUUUGUUUUCUUUU